CAGCUGUGCACGUGGCCGCAGAAAAGCUCACAGUUCAGGAGCACCGGCUCCAGCACUCUAUAACACCACUAACCCACUGCUGCUGCUGCUGUUGUUCUCCACUGCCCCUGUUAUUGCCCCCGUUACUGCCCCUGUCCUGCCCUGUUACUGCCCCACCCGGCCACAGUUCAGCGGGGCUCAGCGGCUCUCAUGCGGAUCCGAGACGGGCUUGGACCUCCUCCUCCCCCAAACAGCUCGUGAGAAAGAAAGCCGGGGGCUUUGGCGUGUAAUUAGAGCGGCUGGUGCUGGUGGAUGGGCAGGGUGGAGGCUCCAUUAUGGUGGAUAAGGGUCCCCUGCUGACCUCGGCUAUUAUCUUCUACCUGUCCAUCGGGGCAGCGAUAUUCCAGGUGCUGGAGGAGCCCAACUGGAAGCUGGCAGUGGACCAGUACAAUGACAAGAAGGAGAAGAUCCUGAAAGACUACCCCUGCCUCACUAAAUAUGACCUGGACAAGAUACUGGAGGUGGUGUCUGAAGCUGCUGGACAAGGUGUCACCAUAACGGGAGAUAAAACCUUCAACAACUGGAACUGGCCCAACGCCGUCAUCUUCGCUGCUACAGUCAUCACGACUAUAGGUUAUGGCAAUAUUGCCCCCAAAACACCGUCAGGACGGGUUUUCUGCAUUUUUUAUGGACUGUUUGGUGUCCCACUUUGUCUCACCUGGAUCAGUGAACUCGGCAAGUUUUUUGGUGGAAGAGCAAAACAUCUUGGACAGUAUCUCACCAAGAGAGGAGUCACACUGCGGAAAGCACAGUUCACCUGCACAGCCAUCUUCCUGUUGUGGGGGGUAUUGGUUCAUUUGGUUAUUCCUCCAUUCGUCUUCAUGUCUCAAGAGGGCUGGACCUACAUAGAGGGGCUGUACUUUUCAUUUGUGACUUUGACCACUAUUGGAUUUGGUGAUCUUGUAGCAGGUGUGGACCCUAAUGCAGACUACCCGACUCUUUAUCGCUACUUUGUGGAGGUGUGGAUAUACCUAGGCUUGGCUUGGCUGUCUCUCUUCUUUAACUGGAAGGUGCGGAUGGUCAUCGAGGCCCACAAGGCUCUGAAGAAGCGGCGGAAGCGGCGCAAGUUAUCGCUGGACGAGCUGCGGCACUACAAAGAGAACCACAAAGCCCUGCACCUGCCAGCCAACGGUAACGAAGUCAACAUAUUCAGCUUCCUGAGCAAGAGACCGGAGGGCUAUAACGACCUCAUCAAGCAGAUCGGCGCCAAGAAGGAAGGAGGAGGACAGUGUGCCAAUGGCGUCGCCGGUAACAAGUCUAAAGAAUUCAGCCGAUCUAAAAGCUGCAACGAUGCUGUUCCUCUUAACGCAAAUACUAUUCUUAACCUGGACCGAUCUCCUCGGCAAAAACGGCGCUACAGCUUUAGCGACCGUGUGACUGUGGCCUUCUCCAAGUCCAAGAGUUACCUGCUUGGGCAGGAGGGAGGACCUCUGCUCAACGAGAUGCAGGGUGAUGGAGAUGUGGAGGCAGACCUUGGAAGAAUGUACGAAAAUCAGUUAGAUAAAGAAGCGGGCGAAGAACAUCGAAAUCUUGGACCUGGAGGACAGUGCAACAUGUGGGAGUCCAAAGAGUACCAGCCACUCAUCUUCCCCAAUGCCAACAUCACCUUCAUCGACGAGGAGAAUCUUCUGAACAACAACCUGGAGGAGGAAGAGGAGGAUGAUGAUGAUGACGACACAAAGCCUAAACUCUCAACGUCUGACGAAAACGUCGAAUCAGAGACCGAUUCCAAAGAGGAGCAGUGCUCCGAAUCUGACGGCUCCGUCUUCACGGACAGGUCGGAUCACUGCCACUCCUACGAGCAGCUAGUAGAGGAGUACUCCAAGGAAGAAAACACAGAGACCUGACCUAAGACCUGAGUUAUACCGGUUGAAAUCAUGGACCUAUGUAACUAAAACAAAAAAAAAAAACUCUCAGUGAGAGUUUACUGUGUUUUAUUCUUCCUUCUCUUUUUUGUUGUUGUUAGUUUUGGUAAAUUCUGGACAUUUUGCACAAACUUGAAGACUUUUUUUUGUUUCUCAUGCCAGACUUGAUCAUACAAGCAUCCUUGCAUUCUUCCAUGUAUGUGAAGCAUCACAAAGGUUUUGUUGGUGAUAUUCUCAUCAAAAUGGAACUGUGAAGUGCAUUUCAGUCAGUAUUACGUCAAGAUAAGAAGCUGUGGACAGUUUUGACCAAAACAAAGCUAAACAUCCACAGUUUAUUAAAGCAGCAGUCCCUAAGAUUUUUAAUUUGAGGAGUUGUGAGGGAACAAAACAUUCAAAUUAAUGCUAUCAGUGUCCUGGCAUGAGCAGACCUAACAAGAACUAAUACAAUAUAUUCAUUCUGUAAAAGAAUUAAAAGAGUGGUCUGGUAGGUUUGUUGGAUUUAGAUGCUCUUUACAUUUUGACAGUUUGUCAUAAAUUAAAAACAAUUGAACUAAGCGAUAUGCUCAAAAACACAAAACUUAGCCUAAAUUAAAUUAAAAGUACUAUUCAACAUGCUCUGUGCAAUUACACACUUUCACCACAGAGGUCUCUAAAUCCCCAAGUGCCCAAAACCUUCGGACUGUUGCUUUAAAAUUCCUGUACGCUGACUCCAUAAAAAUGGUCUAGAUAGAUGGUUUUUAUAGAUGUUUCUAAUGAAGACUUCUUGAUAGUUGCCAAGUUAUGCAGGGGUUUGUUUCUAGUAUUGGAAUAAUAUAGCUGUAAUUUAUUAGAUUAAGUUAGAUUAAGAAACACAUUAGUCUGAAUGAAAUGAACUGCUGAAUCAGUUGUAAUGGAUCUGUGGGUCAUAGGAUGGAUAGGAUACAAGUAAUUGGGAGAGGUGGUUCUAUUGAGAACUGCUCCUGGUUCUCUGACUUUUAUACACCAUAUUGGUGUUUUUUAUUAUUAUCGUAACAUAAUGAAGGAAAAACACUGCCUGCAUUGUCACCCAUUUUUAUGGGUUUUGUCUUUCUGUUUUUAUGAUGCCGUUUUAGGGCCAGUGUUGAAAAUUAAAACGGGAGACUUUGAGAUUAAAGUCAUAAUAUUUUGGGUAUAAAGUCAUAAAAUUACAAGGUUAAAGUGGAAUUGCUGCCAUUAAAAGGCUAAAUAUUAAGGGCAAUGGGUUUACAGAAGGAAAGCAACUUCAGUGUGCUAAAAUGAGGGAUGCUGAGGAACGUUAAAUACAAUAUAUUCUUAAAUAAAGUCUUUGACCUUAAUAAUGCAAUUUCCCUAGUAGUACACCACAUUAUCCUUAAAAUAUUACUAUUAACUUUGUUCUCAAAAUAGCACAACUUUAUUCUUCAAGUAUUACGACUUUUUUCUCUACAAAUAAUGACUUUAUUCUCAAAGUCUACACGUUUUUAUUUAUUUAACAGUGGCUCUACAAUGGCAUCAUAGUUUUUAAACUAAUUAUCACCGGUUCCCAGUGUAAUCAUACAGUUUGAUCAUGAAGGCUGCACAUGCUUCCUAUAUGGGGCAUGCAAACUCCACCAUGUCUUAAAUGCAUCUUGGUGCCACCAUUAAAAAAAAAGUACAUUGACCUGUAAUGUAAAGUACUGUGGAAAAGAAGAGGAGGGCUAUCCUGCUGUCCGGUACUUGGGAAUGCAUUCGAUCAGUUGCAGUACCCCCGGACCUCCUUCUGUGGACAGCACAUGUUGCACUGCUCUGAUUAAAUCUGUUGAGUUCGGUUGAGUUGAGUUUUUACUGGUGUACCACUCCAUCCACAUUGCAUCACAUUGUUUUUGUUGCCAUGUCAUUUCAUUUCAAGGUCUUUUAUUGCUGGCCAAGACCUUAUUUUUCGUAUUUUUUGUAAAGUAUUUUGAUUUUAACUUAAUAUUUGUUUUUACUGGACAGAACAUAUGUAUCUUUAGACUAGACCCCUGUUUUAAAUGUGGAUAUACUAUGUAAAAGUGGUAAACAGAACCUCAAGAACAUCUAAAUGUUCAAGGGGUUUCUAAAUCCCAAUUAUUAUGAAUUUAAUAUUCCGGUGAAGUUGAAAAUAAACUAUUUUUAAAUACA